AUUGUUGAUCUACAAUAAGUUGGAUAACAGCAAAAUCACUGCACUCCUGUGGAAUAUUCACACGCACCUAAGAUAUGGAAGGCAGUGCCAGAGGAAGGGAUGAUUACGAGUACGAAAAAGUGUCCCCAGCGGAGGACGAUGCCGCUAACGCCAGUGGUCGUCUGUCGCUUCCGACAGCAUCUUUCGAUGCCCGUAGAGAUUCCGUUCGCAUUUUCGAAACGAUGGCGGAUGCCAAAGCUGCCCCACCGGACAGGAAGUUCCUUUAUUUAGCGGCUUGCAUAGGCAACCUAGCGUCAUUCGUCUGCGGAACAGCCCUAGGAUGGACGUCUCCGGAAAUGCCAAAGCUGAAAGCCCUAGACGACAACCCUCUCGGCCGUAUCCUGACACCCUCCGAAGAAGGCUGGGUCGGCGCCUUUCUACCCCUAGCAGCCGCGAUAGGACCCUUCGCAGGAGGUUACUUGGCUGACGCCAUCGGCAGAAAGAAGACCCUGAUCAUCGGCGCCACUCCAUUCAUCCUAGCCUACGUCCUCAACAUCAUUGCCACCAACGUGUACUAUUUCUUCCUGUCAAGAUUCCUUUGCGGUUUAGGAGUUGGGAUAGUCUUCACGUCCAUACCCAUGUACGUGGGGGAAAUUGCUGACGAUGAAGUCAGAGGGUCUUUGGGUGCCUUCAUGCAGCUUUUCAUUGUAAUCGGACUGCUGUUUUCCUACGUCUUCGGUCCGUACCUCACCGUCAAAAUAUUCAACGUGGUUCUCCUUGUGCCUCCAAUAGCCUUUGUCCUAUUGUUCCUAUUCUUCGUGCCAGAAAGCCCUUACUACUUGAUACAGACUGAUAAGACAGAAGAGGCUGAGCAGGCUCUGAUGAAGUUGCGAGGAAGUGGUAGGAAUGUGGUACAGAAAGAAGCUGAGCUGAUCAGGCAGCAAGUAGAAGUAGAUCAAAGGAACAAAGGUGGCUUCCUUGAUAUCUUCAAAACAAGGGGAUUGAAAAUGGCUUUGAUGCUGUCAUUAGGCUUGGUAGCCUGUCAGCAGCUGUCUGGUAUCAACAUCAUCCUUUUUUUCGCGCAAGAUGUCUUCACCGCAGCUGGAGUAUCACUAGCACCAGAAAUUUGCACAAUCAUCAUUGGCGUCGUGCAAAUUCUAGCUAGCGGCGCUACUCCUAUGUUGGUAGAGAAAUGGGGAAAGAGAUUCCUCCUCAUGCUAUCUGGUAUUGGCAUGGGACUGUCACAGGGAGUCAUGGCCUACUUCUUUCAUUUGAAGGACGACAAAAUGGACGAUAUUUCUAACAUUGGAUGGGUGCCAAUCGUGGGUCUGGUUGUUUUCAUAGUUGCCUAUUGCCUUGGUUUUGGACCAUUACCAUGGGCUGUGAUGGGAGAACUAUUUCCGGGAAAUAUAAAAUCUGCGGCUUCUUCUGCUACCGCUUCUGGAUGUUGGGUGCUUGGAUUCAUUGUAACUAGGUACUUUGGGAAUCUUACAGACUUGAUUGGCAGGUCUGGAUCGUUUGGGGUCUUUACUGGGUUCUGUUUCAUUGCUGCACUGUUCGUCUACAAGUUAUUGCCAGAAACUUCUGGCAAGAGUUUGCAGGAAAUUCAAGAUAUUUUGAAUGGGAAGUCGAGAGUUGAGGACCAUGAAUGAUUUCGACAAAUAUACAACAAAAAGUUGUCAAGUGAUCAAUUUUACAAAUGUUAAUUUAUUGUAUUUAAGUUUUGAUGUUUUAAUGAUUCGAACCAUGUCGAUUUGUAUUUAUUUUUUUAUUGUUAUAUGAGUAAUAAAUGAACUGAUUU